AUGACCGUGGGCAAGUACAGCGUCGUUAACCCUAACGAAGGCCAGGCCUUGCCUGAUUCCCACAAAGUGACUUCGAGCUACGGGAAUAGUUAUCACACGGCGGAUCAUGUGGAAUCAGGACAAUUUGCGUUCACCGCUGCUGAGGCUGGGGAUUACAUGGCGUGCUUUUAUGCGGCGGAUCACAAUCCUGCUAUCACUUUGACGGUGGAUUUCGAGUGGAGGACUGGUGUAGCUGCUAAGGACUGGAGUAGCAUUGCAAAAAAAGGAUCCGUGGAGGAUAUUGGUUGACCUGGCGUCUACGCUCGUUGAAUGUUCAGAAGAGAUUCCCCACAGUCCUUGUAGUCUCCUUGUUAUUUGAGUUACUGAACAAGUGAUGUGAAACAUUAGUCCUUGAGUUAACUGUUGUGUUAUGUGACAAAGCACUGCAUGAUCUUCAAUUUCAGAUUUUAUAGCUGUUGUUUGUUUGGCUCGCACUUGUAUGAGCAACUUGGACCCGGGCCUGAGAUGAAUUUCAAUUCAACCUUUCGUUUAUGGAUAAGAAAGAACACUGAAGAAUUCUGUAAUGUUUCUUAUCUACUACAUGGAGUUGAUAUCUACUUUGAGCUUAGGUUACUAAGUGGAAUCCAAAAAACUGUCCUUUUUCUCUUUGGGAGAUAAGGAACUACAUGGAAUAGAUAUUGGCUUUGAGUGACAUGAAAUCUCCAUCAAUGUUGGUCAACAAAACUUGAGUGUCAUUGAUCACGUGCGAUAAUAAAAGGUUGCAUAAUUUUGGAGUUGAAGAUGGAUUCGUCGGAUUCCCAUGUACUGACGGGACCAUGACAUUCUUUCUUCAUGUUGCUAAUAAUUGAUAGGAUAGAUUUACAUUGGUCAUCCUUAUCAUUUGGUUGUAAUGACGAUAUAAACGCUCACACUUGCUUUGUUUCUUUCUUCUGCUAUUAUCAUAAUUCUGUGUUCAUUGAACUAAGUUCUAUAGUUGAGCUCAAAGGCUUUGUCUUGCCUUAUCAAAAUGGAGGUUAGCUUUACAAUUUCUGAUCUUUGGAUUACUUUUAUCAGGCAAUGGAACUGGAGGUGAAGAAAUUGUAUGACACUACUAUAGCCAUACAAGACGAAAUUCUCUACCUGCGUCAGAGGGAACAAGAGAUGCAAGAACUGAAUAGGUCGACCAAUUCGACUAUGGGGUGGCUCGGCAUUUUCUCCCUGCUGAUGUCUUUAUCAGUUGCCGGCUUCCAGUUUUGGCACCUCAAGACAUUUUUCGAGAAGAAGAAGAUCAUUUAACUUCUCUCUAACUCUAUUUGCUUUCUUUCUUUAUGGCCAAGGUAGACAUCCUUUUUUUCCCCCUCUCCUUUCUUCAGUUUCCCUUUUCCUUUUACUUGAACUGUAAAAUGAUACACAAGUGUUGUAGUACUCGGGAAUAAUUUCAGAAGUUCAUCAUUAGAGAAGUAGCAAAUUUUUAGGUGCCACAGCGGUGUUCCUUUUCUUCCUUCCUUUGCCUGAUUCUGAGAAGUAGCAAAUUUUUAGGUGCCACAGCGGUGUUCCUUUUCUUCCUUCCUUUGCCUGAUUCUUAGUCAUUACAUUUGGAAUGAACAAGCUGAUGCAUUCCGCAUUGACGAUAUACCUUACUUGUGAGUUGUGAAUAGCGGUCGGCACGUGGGUGGAUAAU